CACACGGCGGCAGCAAAAACAGAGGACAUGGGGCGAGAGACAGCGACAGAGAAUCCAUGGCGGCGGCGUUGUGGGAGACGCUGCUGGCGGCAUCGGCGGCGGAUGGGACCGGUGGGAGCAGCACCACGGUGGUGUCCAUCUGCGUGUUCACGGCGGUGCUGUGCCUGUGCCUCGUCGCCGGCCACCUCCUCGAGGAGAACAAGUGGGUCAACGAGUCCAUCACCGCCCUCAUCAUCGGGUGCAUCGUAGGAGCCAUCAUAUUUCUGCUCACCGAAGGGAAGCACUCGCACAUCCUGAGGUUCGACGAGCAGCUCUUCUUUAUCUACGUGCUUCCACCGAUAAUCUUCAAUGCCGGGUUUCAGGUCAAGAAGAAGCAGUUCUUCCACAACUUCAUGACCAUCAUGUCCUUCGGCGUGUUCGGCGUUUUCAUUUCAGGUGCAAUAGUUUCGGCAGGCUGCUAUUGGCUCUUCCCGAAAGUCGGAUUUGGAAAACUUGAUGCGGUAGAUUAUUUAGCACUGGGAGCAAUAUUUUCUUCGACAGAUACCGUGUGCACAUUGCAGGUCAUAAACCAAGACGAGACACCAAGGCUGUACAGCUUGGUGUUUGGAGAAGGAGUUGUCAACGAUGCAACAGCAGUUGUUCUUUUCAAUGCUAUCAAGAAUCUCGAUAUCAGUCAGCUCAAAGGUGGGGUUGUGCUAAAACUGAUAGCUGACUUCCUCUAUCUCUUCGCAACCAGCACGAUCAUCGGAAUCUCAAUCGGUCUAGCGACUGCAUAUGUUCUCAAAGCUCUGUAUUUUGGUAGGCAUUCGACUGAUCGAGAGGUUGCCUUGAUGGCUCUCAUGGCUUAUUUAUCAUAUAUGCUGGCAGAGUUGCUAGAGCUGAGUGGAAUUUUGACCGUGUUCUUUUGCGGGAUUGUCAUGUCCCACUAUGCAUGGCACAACGUGACAGAGAGCUCAAGAAUCACAACAAAGCAUAUAUUUGCAACAUUGUCUUUCAUUGCUGAGACGUUCAUCUUUCUUUAUGUUGGUAUGGAUGCUCUUGACGUUGAUAAGUGGAAGACAUCAAAGGAAAGCUUUAAGACAUCCAUCGGCAUCUUUGGCAUCGUCGUAUUACUCAUAUUACUGGGACGAGUGGCAUUUGUUUUUCCUGUGUCCAUUUUGUCAAAUAUCCUGAGUGGAAGUUCUGAGAGGACCCCAAUCACAUUCAAGCACCAGGUGGUUAUUUGGUGGGCUGGGCUCAUGAGAGGCGCCGUUUCGAUUGCACUAGCAUACAAUCAGUUCACAUUUUCAGGUGUAACAUCGGAUCCAGUUCAUGCCACCAUCAUCACCAGCACAAUCAUUGUUGUAUUUUUCACCACUCUGGUGUUUGGCUUCCUGACCAGGCCUCUCAUUAGUGCCAUGCUCCCGCAUCAGUCGAGGGCGCUGUCCAGAGGCCAUAGCACCGGCAGCAACUCCCCAAAGGAUGACGACUUGGCCCUGCCGUUUCUCUCGUCUGACGAAGGCGCGUCUGGCAGCGGUAUUGUCUUGGAGCAGGCCAAAAGGAGCUUAUCUAUGAUGCUGGAGAGGCCUGUCCACACGGUUCACGUCUACUGGAGGAAGUUCGAUGAUAGGUUCAUGAGGCCAAUCUUUGGUGGACCGCAGUCAUACUGACUGCAUUUGCAGAUUUCAGAAGCCAGGUGCCCUGUAGCAUAGAACAGCCACUCUGUUUGGCAGGUUGGCUUUGUGGUGAUAAGAGUUAGUUCCUCUGAAUUCUGUUCGCAUAUAGUUCUCUGAGGCCACUGUAAAGUUGAUAACGGUGAACACUUGCAGGCAACUUGAGUUCCCUCUUUAUUUAUUUUCUGACAGUACUUAUUACAUCA